GCGGAACUCGAUUCUUUACCGUGACUUUUUGAAAGGCUUUUUCUCUCUUUCCUAUUUUUUUUUUCUCCCUAUCUCUUUAAUAUGGCUUUGGAGCAGAUAUUGAACAAUAAAAAGUCGACCUCUUUUGUACUGAUAAACGAUACCAUUCGUUUUUCUUCUCUACCACUCUUGGCUGACAUCAGUAAACGUGCUCUUGACGACAACAAGACAGUGAUCGCCUUAUUGACCGAGACGUCACCCAAGGCCUGGCGCGAGCGCUUCUCGGCAAACAACAAUAUUUUUAUUAUCGAUUGCUAUUCUGACCCUUAUGGCUGGGACUAUGCCACAGAGACACAAGAACAAAACACAGUUAAAGUGACGCAUAUUCAAGAUAUGGAAAAAGCCAUUCUAUCAUCUAUCAUUGAAAAAACAAUGAAUACACCCGACUUUUUGAUUGUGGUUGAUUCGGUUAUUCCAUUGGCAAAAAUAUCUCAGCAUAGAACAUAUCAAUUCGUGAAAACAUUGGAGUCUUUGACGACAGACACAAACAGACUUGUGCUUGGAUAUCAUUCUGAUAUCAAAUUAGCUUCUAAAUCAGGACUUAGCUUGCAAGACUCUUUGACACGCUUAGCUUCUGUGAUUAUCAAGUUGGAGCCUCUGAAAGAAAGAACACAUUUUGAAACUCAAUCUGCAUUGACAGGCUUUGUGCCUCAAGAUACAUUUUCUUAUUUGACAGUGACAUCCAAUUGUACAGCCAAAGGAGGUAUUGCGCAUGUUGAAUGGCGCAAAAAGAGUGGAAAAGUGCUAUAUGAAUCUAGCGGCUUCUUGUUAAACUCAAGAGGAUAUUUAGAUGUGGUGCCUAUAAGUCAACUCACAGGAGUAAUUGAAUCACAACCUGAUGAAUCCGAGACAGUUGAAAGAGACAACAAGUCAGAUCCUACGGCUAAUUUGUCGUUCAAUUUGUCACUGACAGAUGAACAAAGAAAAGUCAAGGAAAAUCUUGUGUUGCCUUUUAUGAAAGCACAACAGUUAGAAGUAUCGACGGAGGAUGAGAAGAAGAGUAGUUUGAUCUAUUAUGACCCUGAUGCUGCUGAUGAUUUUGAUGAUGAAGAUCCUGACGAAGAUUUAGAUAUUUAAGUGUACAGGCUUAUAUAAAGAAAAAGGAAUAUAUAAUACUCAAAUACUGUUUCUUAGAGAUUGUCUGAUUAUUAUUUGUGUUUUUUUGGGACAUUUUGGAAGAAAAUUACUACUGCAUAGUCAAUAAAAUAAAUCAAUUCCUGGUUGUGAUUCUAGGG